AUGUUGGCGUACAGUUAUAGCGGCAGUAACUUUCUCAUUAAACGUAAUUCACGAAAACAAGUGGCGACCAACAAUGUGGUGGAGAAGAUCGAGGAGUAUAAACGGGAACAACCAAGUAUAUUUGCUUGGGAAAUUCGCGAUAAACUCCUCACGGAUCAUAUCUGCUCCCAGGACACGAUACCAAGUGUGAGUUUACUGAAAAGUAAUGAAUCUGUAAGUAUAACAACUUUCGUAAUACUAAAGUCGAGUAAAGGUUUCGAGUCGAGACUGACAAGUGAAGUGCACAUGACCUCGAGGUAUGGAGGGCCCCUAUAG